AUGGACAAGAAAACUGCACCAGAAAAGGUAGAGAAGAGUCAGUCCAGUCUGUUGAACAGGUUCUUCCAGUUUAUGACAUCACCAACAGAUCCAUCAAAUCUUGCUGUGAUAAGAAUCUUAUUUGGUAAGCUUGUUUUGACGAAUAACGUAUGAUUUUUACCAAAGUAAAUGUUAUUUAUUAACUAGCAGACUUGUACGGUUCAGUUGCUAUUAGUGAGUUUACGCAACAGGACAGCAAAAAGAAGAGGAUGGCAAAACGUUUGAGUGUGACAAAUGUGACAGGGCCAUUGCUGGUACUUGCGUGUUUUGUCAGGAAUUCACUUAACUUUGAUGUUUAUUGCUCUUCUACAAAAAGAUCUGUUUAAGGUGUUUCGAUACAGUUUUUCAGAGGCCAUACCGAUAUUUUUCAAUCGCCUUAAAAGUGGUUUUUUCCUUGUCCAAUCGCCAUAAAAUGUUCACCAGUAAUUGGCCAUGGAUUGAAAUUUGUUAAAAUGUAGUUUUAAGUAAAAUCGAUAUUACUAUGACAACAAUAAACAAAAAACUUUGAAAUUGAUAAAAGCCGAAUUUUGUGUGAUCUAGACCUGCUACUGAAAAUCCAACACUAGGAACUUAAAGUUUGGUGUUUAGCAAACAAUAUCCGUAAGAAGUAAAAAAUUCUGUAUGUUUGAAUUCGACUAAAACGAAAAUAUUUUUCAAACCUUAAAUUUUCAAUAGUCGUGAUAGAUUAUUUAAUAAAAACGUUACAAAUGACUCAAAUUAUUCUUAAGUAGCGAGAGAAUGAUGUUUAAUAUAAUAUUUUGAAGCUAGGAAAUUUUUGUGUACUUUCGUUCUUGCGAUCUUGAAAACUAACCCGUUUUCUCACCACCUGUAUAAGUGCAACUUCAUUCAGAAUUUGGACUUUUAGCGCUUUCUUGUAUAUCUCCGAAACGACUCGAACGAAUUUUUUUAAAAUCUCUUCACAUAAUCUUCAUAAUGUAUAUAAAAAUGUCUGAAACUUUCAUUAAGAUUGAUGCACUGCAACACCUUGAAAUUUCAAGACAAACCUAUCCUACGAACUGGUCAAAAAUCUGCGUUACAACAUUCACUGUUUUGACGUUAUGCUAAUUUUUCCAAAAUAAUGCGCACUCUACAUACCUCCAGGACUAGUAGAUUUUAGUUUGAAUUUAUCGCAUCUUUUGAAGGUAAAAAAUGACAAUACUCACACUGAAAUGUACUAGUCAUAGAUAUAUGUAUUGUCCGUAUUCAUUUGGAUAAAUUCACCCCCAAAAUCAGAUAAUGAUAACCACUUUGGAAAACUCUGAUAUAAAUAUGUAACAUUUACAUUGUGUUUGAAAAGACAUUAACAGCAAAACUGUUCUCUACUGCAUAUAACAACAACCUAAACUGUAUGACUUGUGAUUAAUGUUUGCUAUUGUACCUCAGUAGAGUUAACACUUUGGUUCAGGUAACCAUAAUCUACUUCACCUCAACAGUCAGGGGCACCCAACAUCAAUUUUUGGAAAAUAUCUCUUCAGAAGACGAUUUGAGAUCUAGAAUUUUCGGAACAUUUGUUGUAAAAUUUCUUGCUUGCUUGCCUCUCCCAGGAUUUUUGAACAUCUAAAAAAUGGUAUAAUUGCCCAUUUUUAACAGAUUUUUACCCUAAAAAGGUCACAUAGAAUUUUUGGGAGCCUUUUUUCCGGCUGAAAUUUUCGACAAGGUAAGUUUUGAUCCCUAUAAUUUUCGAAUCAUUAGGCUUUCAGCUAGUAAAUCCGAACAGAUGAAAAAUUUUGGGGGGAUAAAAAUAUGCCUAUAUCUACCAUUUAAAUACUAAAAUACGUUCAACAAUACUAUGUUUAAGUGGUUUUAAUUAUUCUCGUUGGGUGCCCCUGAACAGUGCUACCAUCCUUAGAAUAGAUUAGAAGUCACUGUUUAGUGUAUAAGGAAUUACCGGUAUUAAAAACUAAAUAAUUGGAUAAUGAUUGAUGUAGCCAUCAUGGUAGAUAAGCCAUUAUACCAUGCUGUCCAAAUAUUGGUAACUGUAUGCAUCUGCUUAUAAUUAAAAACAAGCUAAAAAUCAGUUGUUUUUACAAAUAAAGUAGCGUAAAAUUCCGAAAAUAAGCCCCUCCAUGUAUAAGCUCCUCCAAAUGUAAACCCCCCAAAAUCGUAACGCAAAAAACCCUCCGUUAAAUCGCCCCUCCGAAUAUAAGCCCCGCUGGGGCUUGUAAUUGGAAUUUGCCCUCGAAUACAAAGUAAAACAAAGCAAAAAAUGGUAAAUCUCCUUCCAACUACAAGCUAGUUUGAUCGAUUUUGAAAUGCAAAUCUCCCUCCGUACAUAAGCCCCUCCGAAUAUAAGCCCCUCAAAAAGGGCGUUUGAAAAAUAUAAGCCCCAGGGCUUAUUUUCGGAAUUUUACGAUAUUAUAUUCCACUCUCGCUUGUUGGGUAUGAGAUGAUUAUAGCCAACUUGGCGCUACGCGCCUCAUUGGCUACUACCAUCUCAUAUCCAACACACACUCAUGGAGUA